GGAGGCGGGAGGAGGCUGAUGCUGCGGAGAGGGAAGAAGGAGGACGGAAAACACAACAAGUCUGACCGGCGCGAGGGACUCCUGGACCGGAUGUUGGAAGUUUCGUGUGGCCGGUCGGGCUGAUUCUGGUUCUGUGGAUCUGAUUUGGACCGAAGCGUAACUUCCCGCGGUGCGUCCGUGAAGGCGCCGCGCGCGCGGACCGGCGGCGGCGUUUCCCUCGGACACGGAGACAGAAAGAAUCCGGAUAAAGUCCUGAGGAGUAAAGUGCCCUUCCUUGUAUGUGGUGGGUGAGAUGAACUCCAGCGGGAAUACUGUAGACCCCACCUGACAAGUCUCUGCCUGAGCAGCUAACGGAUAUUCAUUGGAGCGUCUGCAACCGCCGAGCUGGAUCACAAAGACAAAACCAACUAUUUACUAUUUUUCCCCCAAAGUAUCUAUAAUAUUAAUCUAGUUAGAUUUUUCUCUGUCUUUAGCUCAGGUUAAAGUUGUCCGACUCUCACCUGGAGGAAACGGAUGCACUCGUCUGUUGAGCACCAAGAAAUGGAAACAAAUAUACUAGUUAAUUGUUAAGACAGACUAAAUUCCUCAAACUUGCUCCUCCAGUCCCUCAUUUUCCUUUUUUCCCUUGAAAUAAUUUCCCGCCCGGAGGUCAGCCUGGCUGGCACAACCAUUCCAGCGAAGGGGGAGGAGGACUUCCUCACGCUGGCUGCCUCCAGACUCAGCCGCAAGAAGCGAGUCAUCGGGGCUGGGGUUGGUGUGGCCAUGGUCCUGGUCCUGCUGGUGGCCAUCCCCCUUUUAGUCCACACCACCAAAGGGGGAGGGUCCGGAGGUGGGGGCACCCAUUAUGAAAUGCUGGGGAGCUGUAAGAUGGUGUGCGACACCUUCACCCCGUCUCAGGGGGAGCUGACGGCCGUCUCUCCCCAACCCCCCGAGCUCUCCAACCGCAGAGGCAAGCAGGGCUUCAGGGGGAGUCCUGGACUUCCCGGUCCUCCGGGUCCUAAAGGACCUCCAGGAGAGCCGGGUAAGCCCGGGCCUCCCGGCCCACCAGGGCCCGGACCGGGUGGCUAUGGAUCCUCUCAUUACACCCCAAAAAUCGCUUUUUACGCCGGCCUGCGGAAGCAGCACGAAGGAAACGAGAUUCUGAAGUUUGACGACGUGGUGACCAACGUAGGGAACUAUUACGAGCCGAGCACUGGCAAGUUUACCUGUCCUCUGCCCGGUAUCUACUACUUCACCUACCAUGUCCUGAUGAGAGGGGGCGACGGGACGAGCAUGUGGGCGGACCUGAAGAAGAACGGUCAGGUAAGGGCCAGUGCUAUCGCUCAAGAUGCAGAUCAGAACUAUGACUAUGCCUCCAACAGCGUCAUCCUACACCUGGACGUAGGGGACGAGGUGUGCGUUCAGCUGGACGGUGGCAAAGUUCAUGGGGGGAACACCAAUAAAUAUAGCACCUUCUCGGGGUUCCUCAUCUAUGCCGACUGACUGUAUCCUCUCAUUUUCUGCUCCAUCUCUGAAAACAUGCAAAAACAAGAGAAAAGGGAUUAUUUUAUCCAUAGUUACUCAUUUGUUUUUUCAUGUCUGUGCAGUAGGGCUGUGUAUCACUGCCAAACUAGUUUAUUUCCAAUUUAACAUGUUUAGAUGAAAUAUUGAUUUGUAAAUCUUUAUUUCAAGCACACUACUUCAAAGAAUUAACUCUAAAUUUAACUAAAAUAGUUUUUAAACACUUUGAUUAAAACAUGUUAGGAAUAUUUUUUAUUUUAUUAUUAUUAUUUAUUAUUUUAUACUUGAUAGAUGGUACCAAGUAUGAUCUAAUGGUAAGUUUUGUUUACAACAAUGAUGGUUUAGAAAGAUAUGAACAUAUGUAUUCAAGAGAAAAACAGGUUAUUUCAAAUUUGGUCUACUUAUUAUUAACAUGGAGUAACUGCACCACAGGAAAUUGUUUAUCAAAUAAUUUUGCAUUAAUUCAUUUUGGCAAGUAGUUGGUUAAAAAUUGAAUAACAAUUGAAAAAGCUAUAAACUUUAAAAAAUGUGCAAAACAAAAGAGUUUUUGAGAUUUCAUGGAAGCAGCCAUUUUGAAAUGAGCAGGAAAAAGCCUUCUACUGCCUCUAGUGGAUUGAUGAUUAACUACAGGAAAGAAAACGUGGACCAACUUACAAAUAAUGUGGCUUUGAGGAAAGUUUGGAUCAUACUGAGAUAGAAGUCUCAGAAAUGUAUCAAACAUGAUAGAAAUGGUUGUUUAGGGCAAAAACAGAAACUAAAGCAGCUCAUUUUACCUGGAAAGAACACCUUGAAUUUUUUAAUGAUUUUUUUUAAUGACUAUUCAUUUCCUACAGCAGUCCUACUGCACAGAUCACAGUGAAAUCCAUGUAGCCUGAAGGGAUUUUGUUAAAAAGUAACAAAUUAUUGUAAAUAUUUCUGAAAAACAUGGACUUCUUAAACGUUCACUUGUGUAAAAAUGACUCAGUGGUACAAUAUAAGUGAGCAUGGCAUAUAUCAGAUGAUUUCCCAUCAAAGCACAUACAAGCACAAACUUGCAGUAAUGUAUUGAAUUCAGUGGAUUUGAAUAGGACUCAAACUGAACUUCGAAUCAGUUGAUGAGGCGCCAGUUUCAGCCACUCCUCCCAUUGACUGAAGCGGAUCUGAAUGUGUGUCAGUCAGAGCGGGGCAUUUGGCUGGAGCCUCUCACCUUCACUGUGAAAUAGAUUUUCUAUGUCUUAGUAGACACCAAACAAGGAAAAGCACGAACUUAUUGAUCCCACCUGACAAUACAGCUGAACCUCAUCAUCAUAACCUGGUGAUUUGUGUUCCUGUUUGCGGUACGGAGACAUCCGAGUUUGAAUGUUUGCUCUGCAGCUACACUGAGGUGUGAAGACAUCAUGUUAUUGUCAGUGUUAUCUAUUUAGGCUGUAACUCCUGCACCAGAGGUGUUAAGCUGCUGGUAACGGCCACCGAGCAGACACGGAUUAUCAAUACUGAGGUUGAGCCUGAGAUUGAUCCAGAGCCUCAGAAUCGCAUCAUAUCCUACUAAUGAGCGGAGGCUUCCUCUGCAGUCUUACCUGCUCAGUCACACCAACACCUGCUUUCCUGGAUAUGUUACAGAACUCAGCUUCACCAAGAGAAGUUGCUUCCAUCACUCUUUUUCUUUCACAUUUUUUGUUAGUGAAAAAACACUAUAGCCAAGAAAAAUAAAAUAUGUCUGCUGUUAUUAGAAUUCUAAUUGAUUUUGAUUUUCUUUCUUUAAGUUACGAUUGAAUGGUGUUUAAAGUCAUUAUUAUUGAGAAAUAUUUCAUUCCUUUUAUCUUGCUGUCAUAUUGUUUCCGAGUCAACUGUUCCCAUUAUUGUGACUUGCAGGUUACAAUCCUAAAUUUUUUAUCAUCUAUAUAUUGAUUUUUUUCCCCCCCAGAGAUCUGUAUUAUUGUUUAGUUUCAUGUAUUUUCUGAAAUUUGAUUGUCCAAAAAAAUGAUACUGCUGUAAAAGCAAAGGGGAAUGUAAAACUACAUUUAUGGCUGGUUUCCACUGAGCAGUCCGGACCAGACCGGUUUAGAACGGUCCGGUUCUAUUCAGGUGAGCGUUUCCUUUGAGCGUUGGACCAUCAAAGUGCAUGCGGGGUGUAGAUGAGGACCCAGCUGAGACUACAGCGAAAUAAAAGUGGCAUCAGCUGAGUGAAGGGAAAAUGAAGAAGAUAACCUUUGAGGAUCAUUAUAAUCCGGAUCAGAUGUUUAUUCUGGAAGAACCCGGACUCUACGCUGCAGAACAGUCUAUUGUUCUGGAUUAAAAAGAAAAAAAGUCUUUAUGUUGAUUAGUGCUGCCACAAACGCUUAUUUUAAUAGUCGACUAAUCACUGAAUAUUUUUUCUAAUUAGUUGACUAAUUGGGUAAUUUAGGGGAGGGGUGUCUCUGUAUUGGUGGAUUCGGCGUGUCUCCGGUCCCCAACCCGGCCCAGUCCGGUCUGGUCUGGACCGCUCAGUGGAGACGAGGCAUUGGAUGACAUGAAAUACAUUUGGGGAGUGGUUUUAUUUUAAGGUUGUGUAAACGGGUUGAGAAGGUUUCUUUUGUUUGUUUGUUUUAAAGAAAGAUGAUCCUAAAUGUUGGUGCAAAACAAAUGAAUAAACCUUAAUCAUUGGUUCAUCCUAAAGAUUACCCUUCAGAGUCUCUGAUGUUUAUCUAACAAAUAAAAUAUUAUAAUGACUAUAAUCUGUCAUAGCUUCGGUUCGUACAGCAUGGUGAGCGUGUAUUUAACAAACUGCUGAAAUAAUGAUUUGUUUUUGUUAUUUUGCCACUCUCAUGCAUGGAAAUGUGAAGCCUAAAAAUGUCUAAAUGUUAUUGACUUUUCCUGGCUAUAAAGACAACAUAAAAAACAA